AAUCGAUAUCGCAAUCUAUUCUCCCCAAACUUCUGAAUUCUUUUGACUUUCGAUUACAAACAAACUCCUCAUCUUGCAAGCGUUGGUUGGAGGUCAUCUUCUUCUCAGUAAAUUCGAUUCAAUCCCAAAGAUCUUAGAAGCCUUGUUUUCAUUGAUUUUCUCGAUUUGCUCAAUCACAGCCGACUCAUUCUACUGGAUCGAUCGAUCGUCGAACCACACCAUCUUUUACAAUUCAACCAUUGAAUUCAAUCGCUUGCCAGUUGCUUUGCUUGACCCUGUUUGUUUGACUCCGUUCUACGAUUCGGGGUCUCGCGUUCUGCUGGGAAGUUUUUGCAUUUUUGGUUUGAUUAGUUUUGUUAGUUGUUACUUCAUCAAUCGACCUUGUGGUCGUUUGUUUGACUCCGUAGUACAAUUCAGGGUCCCCAAUACAUCACACUUGAUCACAACCAACUCAAUCGACUUGAUUGAUCGAUACCAAGUCGAACCACACCAUCUUUUACAAUUCAACCAUUGAAUUCAAUCGCUUGCCAGUUGCUUUGCUUGACCCUGUUUGUUUGACUCCGUUCUACGAUUCGGGGUCUCGCGUUCUGCUGGGAAGUUUUUGCAUUUUUGGUUUGAUUAGUUUUGUUAGUUGUUACUUCAUCAAUCGGGUCCCGAGUUCUGGUUUCAUUCGUUGUGUUAGUUGUUGCUUUAUCAAUCGAUCUUGUGGUUGUUUUUUUUUACUCCGUUCAACAAUUCAGGGUCCCGCGUUCUGGUUUAAUUGAUUGGGUUAGUUGUUACUUUAUCAGUGGAUCUUGUGCUCGUCCCUCGUGUAGCUUUUUUUACUUUUGGACUCAGUAUAUUGGAAUCACUUUCUAGAAUGGGUCGUGGAAGAGCUGAAAAGGCAAAAAAAGCAGCCGGUAUUAAAGUACCAAAUCGGAAAUCUAAAACUUCAAAAUGCUAUAUUGAAGGGAAGGCUAGAUAUAGAAAAACUGUACAUAUUGGACGUCCUCUCCCUCGUAAACACGCCAAUAGAACCGCUCUCAAAGCUAAACUUGCUAGAGAGCUAGGGCUUCCUUCCGACACUGUUUUUAUUUUCAGGUAUAGCUUGAAUGAUUGACCAGACCUUGGACCGUAUGAACCAAUCCACAUCAAAGAAGGAACUGUGGUUGUUGUGGAUAAGAAGACCCUAGAUGUAGUAUUAAUUGUCCGAUGUAAUCCAUUUGCUGAGAUGGAGGAUGAGCUGAAAGAGAAGUUUGCUCACUCGAUAUCAACCACUUACCU